AUGGCCUGUGAGAAGCCGACCCUCCACUUUCCGAUCGUCAACCAAUUGGCCCUGCCGAAGGGAUGUAUGAAACACAAGUUGGCCCUGGUGACUGGCGGUGGAACGGGACUCGGCAAAGCCAUCGCCACCACUUUUGCCGCACUCGGCGCCCGCGUUGCCAUCGCCGCCAGACGUGUCGAAGUGCUGCAAGAAGCGGCGGCUGAUAUCCGGCAGAAGACGGGCGGCCAAGUCGAGGUUUUCCAGAUGGAUGUCAAGAAACCCGAACAGAUCACCCAGACCAUUGAUGACAUCGAAAAGAAAUUCGGUCAGCUGCCGAAUAUCCUGGUGAACAACGCGGCCGGGAAUUUCAUCAUGGCCACGGAGAGACUGUCGCCAAAUGCUGUCAAGGCGGUGAUCGACAUCGUCGUGUUGGGCACGAUGAAUCUGACGCUCGAGCUGGGCAAGCGUGCCAUUCAGAAGGGCCAAGGCUGCACCGUGCUCUCCAUUUCUACCCCCUAUGCCAGAAACGGUGGCCCGUUCACGGUGCCGUCGGCCAUUUCGAAGGCAGGCGUCGAGAAUAUGACGCGUUCUCUGGCUACGGAAUGGGCCAAACACGGCUGGCGCUUCAAUGUCAUCGCACCCGGACCGAUUCCCACUGAGGGAGCUUUCGGGCGUCUGAUGCCGGGAAAACUGGAGGAUGCGGCGGCGAUGGCCGGGCAGACUGUACCAGCUGGCCGGUGCGGCACCCCGGAGGAAUUGGCGAAUCUGGCCUCGUUCGUCUGUUCCGACUAUUCCAGCUGGCUCAAUGGAGCGAUAAUCGAUUUCGACGGUGGGCAGCAGUGGUUCAACCACGGCAGCUCGAUUGGGGCCCGUGAACUGCAUCAGAUGACCAACGACGCCUGGGGACAGAUCGAGGACACGAUCCGCGGACGAACUGGGAAGGCCAAGAGCAAGAUC